UAUAUAGAGAGGAGAGAAAAACCCCGGGGUUUGGCCAUAAAUAGAGAAUUCAAGGAAUGAGAAAAUUAGAAGCGGAGAAGGUGUAGAAGAUCUGAAUUUCGAAUUGAGAUCGAUCGAGAUCUCUUCUCUCUUUCUCUCCAUUCUCUGUUAAUCUCUAUCUUUUUCUUUUUGUUUGUUGUUCCUCUGAUCUUGCGCUCGCCGGAGCUCGCCGGAGUUCAAAACGACCUCUUGCAAAGUGGGAAUUUUGAAGGAUUUAAGCCUGGUUUUGUUGGUUUUGAGAUUGUUCAUGCACUGACUCUUCGCCUCAUCUGCUAAACCAAUUUCAUUCAUUUGUUUCAUCUGGUGAAGAAUUCUGGAUCCGAUGAUUUUUCAGUCCCAGUGAUUGUUGAGUUUGGUAUUGUAUGAUUUGUAAGUUAUGGUGUUCCACAAGAGGUUGGAGUAUGGAUCCACUGGUUGCCAAGUUCCAGUGAUGAUUCGAGUUCCAAAAUCGGCCAGGGGAAAACGUUCAGUCCGAAAAAAGGUUGAAGAUCAGAUGUGCGCAUUUGAUUUGCUUGCCACUGUGGCUGGAGAACUAUUAUCAGAAAAACAAAAUCUUUCAACUCCAAACAAGUUAGUUGAAACAUCUCUCCCUGGUGCACCAAAGGGCAUUGCUAAAGAAGAAAGAAAUACAGAGAAGAAAAUUAAAUCUGAACCUUAUGAUCAGGGAAGCUGCAAUGAGAGCACAUUGGUCUCUGAGGAUUCUGUUGAAUUGCAGAUUAGUUAUCAAUUUGCAGAACAAACACAUUCUCCGAAAGCUACAUUCUCGGGGCCUGCCUCCAUGUGUUUAAAAUCUCAUGAGUUUGAUAAGGAUGGUUGUUCUGGGCAAUCGAGUAUUGAUGGUAACAACAGCAGAAACAGACCUCCUGAAUUGAUUCCUUGGAAAUGUAGUACUGAGGAGCAAUCUCUGGGUCAUUCUGAAUCCUGCGAGGUUGAUGGAGAGCAUGUAAUUAAGACAGUGUCCCCAAAUGGAUCGGCAAAAGACAGGGGAUCCAACAGAAUGCAAUGUCCCAAGGGCAUGCCCAAUGGGGAUCCAAUGGAGAUGGAUGUCAAACCCACUGCAAUUGUCAGCUCAGAUAGUAGUGUUGAGGUACCUCUUUCUUGCAAUUAUGUUGCUCGUGAUGGUACUUUCUCCAAGUCUCGAGUUGGCGUGGAACAUGUUGAUAGGGAUGAAGAAGAUAACUCAUCUGGGUGCACUCAUCCCAGUGUCAUGGCUUCUAAAGCAGCUAGAGUGCAGCGCAUAGGAGACGGCAGGGUAAGGAAGCUUUUGGCGAUGAAGUACUGGAAGGUAGCUUCAGCAGCCUCUAAAGACGGCGAGUUUUGCAACACCAAUGCGGAAAUGAAGCCAUUUUUCCGCAGCAGGAAAUUGUGCUACACACGGCAAAGGUCUCAGAGAACCUCAUUUAAAAGGCGAAAGAUGCACAAUUGCUACCCAAUUUCUGCAUCUGGAGGAAGAAUCAAGGAGGACAGCGUGUCUGUUUCACUUGGAAAUCAUGGCCUCAAGAGGGAAGUGAGCAAUUCAAGUGCAACUUUGCACGGAGGUGACAAACCAUCCUGCCAGAAAGGUGAUUUCCGAGUUCAACUCAGCAUUAAGUCCUUUAAGGUGCCAGAACUUUUCGUUGAAAUUCCAGAAACUGCUACUGUUGGUUCUCUGAAGAGGACUGUUAUGGAGGCGGUGACCGCUAUUCUUGGAGGCGGACUCCGUGUCGGUGUUCUUCUUCAAGGAAAGAAGGUUAGAGAUGACAGCAAGACACUGCUCCAAGCAGGAAUAUCUCAUGAUGAUAAGAUUGAUAAUUUGGGCUUUAUGCUGGAGCCAAACCCCACACAAGCUCCGCCACCUGUUGAAAGCCAAGAACACCCCCAUUUGCUUCUUCCUUGUGAUGUUGUGGAACCAUUGAACAGAAUUCCGCCUUCGGCAGCUGUUACUUCAAACCUGGGUCCAUUUGGUGCAUCUCCGGGACCGCCAUUGACAUCUACGGUGAACUGCCUGGAGAGUGAUCAUGACUCAGUUCAUUCCCCUGCCACUGCAUUAUUACAGGAAAAGACCACAGCAAACUCCAGAGCACUGGUUGCUGUUCCGGCCAUGGAUGUCGAGGCACUAGCAAUCGUCCCUCUGCGCAAGUCAAAGAGGUCUGAGUUAGUUCAACGCCGAAUCAGGAGACCGUUUUCCGUCUCCGAAGUGGAAGCGCUUGUUCAGGCUGUCGAAAAGCUAGGCACUGGAAGAUGGCGAGAUGUCAAACUCAGGGCUUUUGACAAUGCCAAGCAUAGAACAUAUGUUGAUUUGAAGGACAAAUGGAAGACAUUAGUGCACACGGCGAAGAUAUCACCUCAACAACGACGGGGAGAACCCGUUCCGCAAGAACUCCUUGACCGUGUGCUUGCAGCCAAUACUUACUGGUCUCAGCAGCAGGCCAAGCUCCAGGUGAAACCCCCUCCGACUGAGGCCUGCCUUCUUCUCUAACUCCGACUCGAACUAAACCAUUCGACCUGUAUAAAGAUUCAACCGUUUCUUUAAAAAAAAAAAAGAAAAAAAAGAGAGGAAUGCAAGUGUUCUGUAAUAUAUUCACUCUAACUCUCUCCUUGUGAAUUUCUAUCAGGAGAGAGUUUAUUUGGCAAUUGUACAUGAUCCAGGGUAACAGGAAAUAAAGACUGUGUCUCAGCUAACACAAUUCGCCAA